CUUCCGGCUGAGGCGGCGGGAAGAUGGCCGCGGCCACAGGGGCUUCGGCCUUGACGGGCACCUUCGGGCGGUUGGUGUCCGCAUGCAGGCGCAGCAUUCUGGCACCUUCGGGGCCCGGAGCCGCCUUCUUCUGGUCUGCUUCUCGAAGGCUCAGUUCGCAGAGCACUCCGUAUCCACAAGGAUAUGUUCCUAAAACAUCACUGAGUUCACCACCCUGGCCAGAAGUUGUUCUACCAGACCCAGCUGAGGAGACCAGACACCACACAGAGGUUGUGAGGAAGGUGAAUGAGAUGAUCGCCACAGGCCAGUAUGGCCGGCUCUUUGCUGUUGUGCACUUCGCCAGCCACCAGUGGAAAGUGACAGCUGAAGACCUGAUUUUAAUUGAAAAUGAGUUAGACAUCAAGUGCGGGGAAAGGAUUCGGAUGGAGAAGGUCCUGCUGGUUGGGGCAGACAACUUCACACUCCUUGGAAAACCGCUGCUUGGGAAGGAUCUUGUUCGUGUUGAAGCCACAGUGAUUGAAAAGACAGAAUCACGGCCCAAAAUCUAUAUGAAAUUUAGGAGAAGAAAAAACUUAAAGAAGCAUAGAAUCAUUGUGAACCCGCAAACUGUCCUCCGGAUUAACACCAUUGAGGUGGCCCCGCACCUGCUGUGAGCACCGAGCUGCUGAGUAAGAAGCAUGUCCGAGAGGCUGGGGCAGGGCCCUGGGGGCAGGCCUGCAGGCCCGCACCGGAGAGGUGAGAGGAGAGCCCAUGUUCCAGGCCAACCUGGGCCACUCAGCAAGACCCCAUCGCAAAAAAUAAUAAAUUGAUAAGCUAGCUUGGGUUUUCUAGGA